GCCUGGUGUGUCCUGGAGCGCCGGGCCGCUGGUGCAGGGAAGCCGCCCUCCCCCCCGCUUCGGGCUGCGGGCCCCGCGCGGCGCGCAGGAUGGAAGCCAUCGCCAAGUAUGACUUCAAAGCCACGGCGGACGACGAGCUGAGCUUCAAACGCGGGGACAUCCUCAAGGUGUUGAAUGAAGAAUGUGAUCAGAACUGGUACAAGGCAGAGCUCAAUGGCAAAGACGGCUUCAUUCCCAAGAACUACAUAGAGAUGAAACCACAUCCGUGGUUUUUUGGCAAAAUCCCCAGAGCCAAGGCCGAAGAAAUGCUCAGCAAACAGCGGCACGACGGGGCCUUCCUCAUCCGGGAGAGCGAGAGUGCUCCCGGGGACUUCUCUCUCUCCGUCAAGUUCGGCAACGAUGUGCAGCACUUCAAGGUUCUCCGGGACGGGGCCGGCAAGUACUUCCUGUGGGUGGUGAAGUUCAACUCCCUGAACGAGCUGGUGGAUUACCACAGAUCCACAUCCGUGUCCCGGAACCAGCAGAUCUUCCUCCGGGACAUCGAGCAGGUGCCUCAGCAACCCACGUACGUGCAGGCGCUCUUUGAUUUUGACCCCCAGGAGGACGGCGAGCUGGGCUUUCGCCGGGGAGACUUUAUCCACGUCAUGGAUAACUCGGACCCCAACUGGUGGAAGGGGGCUUGCCACGGGCAGACGGGCAUGUUCCCCCGCAAUUACGUCACCCCCGUGAGCAGAAACGUUUAGGAGCCGAGAAGAGGGUAUUUAAGGAACGUGAGACGCUGCCGACGCGUACACAUGAAUUCGCUCCCCGAGCUGCGGCUCCCGGCAGCUGGAGGGAGGCCGGAGCCGCGCGGGGGCGCCCGGGACCCUCUCACUUUGGUUGGAACUUGGGGUGGGGUGGGGUGGGUGGGGCCGUUGGAUAUAAAAAUGCCAAAACUUACCUAUAAAUUAAGAGAAGAGUUUUUAUGACAGAUUUUCACCGCUGCUCCCUCCUGGUCUCUCCCUUUCUCCCCUGUCCCUGUGCAUGAAGUUGCUGCCGCAUAUAGUCCUAGCCGAUGCCAACAAUAAAGCGAAAGAAACCAAGCGGGCUGGUAUUUUCUCUCUGCCACUGUCUGGGGCGGGGCCCGCCCCGACCACCCCCCACAGGAGAGGCCGGGGCUCGGCACGGGUCCAGGGGACAGGAUGGGCAAGACAAGAUGGAUCUGAUCUGCUGGUCCAGAGCCUUUGACCCGGACCCUGCUCUGGAACCCCUCCCCAGGGAGCUGGGCUGAGCCGAAUGCCAGGCGAGCCCCACUGGCCACUCGUGGACAUGCCCAGGGUGUGGGGCUCCCACAGGGGAACGCGGCUCUGGCUGGCCCAGAAGAUGGGGCUCCUGGGAAGGGAGUCUCAGGCCUGGUCUGCCCCCUCACCCCCCCCCCCCCAGCAGACCUGCUCAUAGGGAGACCCAUCUGCUUUCCGCCCCGGGCGCAGGCUGAGGCUCUGCUUUGUUUUUCUGUCCUGACCCACGCCACCCCUGCCAAUUGCGCCCCCUCAGUUCCUGGUGGGCUAUUGGGCCACCCCCCAGGAACAGGGGUCGCCGGAGCCCACCACGUCAGCUGCCCGCCCUCUGAGCCUCUCCAUCCCCCUCCUUGGCGACUCCGGGCGGCCUUGGGACUGGCUGGUCAGCACCUCCGCCCGCAGGUGCCUCCCGCCCAGUCAGCCUGCCCAGGCCCGCCCAGCGCUGCCUCCCGACUCCAGCACGGGGCGGUCAGCAGUUCAACCCGGUGUAUAUCAUGAAGCCUUGCUGAACUCAGUUUUGUGUGUAUAUAUUUUUUAAAAAUCAGUGUUUAAAUAAAAAAAAAAACCUAUGUACUUAAUCCUUUAACCGCGGACGGCAUUCGGUAGGUAGUGAUUAACUGUGAAUAAUAAACACGAUGAAUUCACA